AUGAUAGAAGCUCUCUCAAAGAGAAUUCAUUAUGGUAAAUUUGUAGUAGAGGCUAAAUUUCGAGCUUCACCAGAUGCAUAUGAAGCUGCCACUAGAGCACAAGAUAGGACUCGACUGAUGGAUUUGCUGACAUAUCCCAUUGUGGAAGAGGCAAUAAAGACUAGAGUAGAGAUGGAAGCCAAAGCUUACGGAAAAGAGGUGACUGAUAAUAAUAAUGUAGAGGAAGACGGAGCUGAUCCGAUAUACAAAAUAAAACCAAGCUUGGUUGCUGACCUAUAUGGGGACUGGAUCAUGCCCUUGACAAAGGAAGUUCAAAUUGAAUAUUUAUUGAGAAGGCUUGAUUGA